AUGCGAUUCCUCAAAUACGCAAAAUGGAUACUUCCAGCAAUAAUCAUCUGGUUAUCACUCGCAAUCCUCUACCUUACCCUCCCACCCGGUGAAUCUAUCGACGACGACGUCGUAUUCGCCCAGUCGCUAAGGGAAGGCAAGUCCCUCAACAGGGUAUAUCACACGGAAGAGUUCAUACCGCGUGAAUACCGCCUUCCUCGAGUGAGGAGACGGCUCUACCUCGGUCUGGAGUACAGCUACAGCGCACGCACGUCCACCUUGAGGAUAAAAAACGAAGCCGUCUCUCUCCUUCCUCUCCUCUCCCCCUCUUCUCCCGCCCAAUCCCACUCGAGGCUCCUGAUCCCCUGGGCAACACUAGGCGAUACGGACGGAGUGAACCCACCCUGGUUCCCCCUCGCCGACGCGGUUUUGCUGUACGGGGUCGUCUCCCGCGAAUGGGGACGAAUCCUCUUGACCGUCGAGCGCCCUCUGCUCCCCCCGAACGGGACACUCGACGGUGAGCUCGCACUGCAGGUCGUACCGGCUAGGAUGGCUACACAGAGCGAAGGGACAGAGGAGGACCCUGUACCCCUAGGCAUGCUUCCACUUGCGACGCUAUUCUUCACCCAGCCCGCAGAGGGAGAAGGGUACGCACUCGCCCGCAUCAGCUUUCCCCCCAUGCCGCAGUCCUACGGAACUAGCACGUACUACGGGACGCGGCAUGCGCUCAUAUCCCUCCUCGCGCCAAGUGCGUUGCUCGUACUGGCACUCGCCUCCCUCGCUGGGCAGGCAGUCAAGCUCCUCCUUCUCGGGCUGGGAGUUGCGGCCCUGCUCUGGAUAGGGCGGGAGCUGUGGAUGUACAGGCAUGAACAGGACGAGGAUCGGAGGGAGAGGGAGACUCAGGUCCUGAGGAAGGUGUUGAGGGAAGUACUGGGGCCGCUGUAUGCCCCUAGGGGGAGGAGAGAGGUGGUCAGGACGGGGAUUGAGGAAGGGAGGGACCAGAAGGAACAGGUUUGAUGGAUUCUGGAUCGGGAGGAUGGGGGUUGUAGGACUGUGUAUGAUAGGUUUAUACACGUUUGGGUUGACUCGCAGUGUAAUGUAAUAUCGACUAC